GCUGUUUGUGGAGCACAAUCCCUCAUCCCUCCCUCCCCGCACAUCCCCGGCUCUCCCUCCGGCUGGGUCCGGAGACACAGCUGCCUGGGAGGUGGAAGGGAGCGAAGCAGAGGAGAAAGCCCCAGCUGCAGGAACCCCAGCAGAGAUGAGGAUGGUCCCGGCGCUGGUCCUGCUGAGCUCCCUCCUGUCCGUCCUCGCCGUCCCCUCCCGCCGUCCCGCCUGCUCCAGGAGAGCCCUGGGAGACCUGCGCUGCCACAGCAUCCCCCAGGACCACCAGAACCUCCGGCAGAUCCAGGCUGGUCUGCAGGACCACUUCUGGGCAGGGCAGGGAUGCGAGGAGAUUUGUUACUGCCACCACGAUGAGCUGCUCUGCUGCCCCAAGGAUAUUUUCUUUGGACCAAAGAUAUCCUUCGUGAUCCCCUGCAAUGGUCAGUGACCGACUCCAAGUCCUCAGUGAAGACAACAAGGGUUGUUCUACAAUCAUGUCAUAAAUGUUUCUGGGGGAAAAACAAAACAACAACAACAAAACCCCUUCCUUUCUAACCACAAGACAGCAACGCUUUUUACACUGUAGAAAAGUUUCCUUUUCAGAAUCUCAGAUAGGUAAGAAGUUCUCCUUUCAAAUGUGGUAGCUGCCUUCCUCCCCAUCAUGGCGUAGAAGACUCUAGAAGCUCCUAACUCAUCCUGGUCUUCAUCCCCCCACACGAAGCCCACCUCCUCUCACUCAGCACAACAUUCUUGAUUGCUACGGAUGAAGAAACUCCUGGCCUGAGGCUUCACCUCACCAGGACCAGGACUCUCGUGGCGACCUACGGCAGCUUCCUACAGCUUUAUGGCCACCACGGCUAACGGCUGGUUGAAGCUGGAGCUGAUGGGUCCCCAGCGCUGCUGCAGAUGGCCUGCCACCUCCCAUUUAAAAUGCACAACAAAAUACAAAAGACAAAGUCUCACCAUUCGUAUUUGAAAAUUCCACUGGAAAAAAAAAAAAAAAAUCAAAACUCACAUUAACGAUGCUAAAUCACACUUGGGUCUUCAUUAUAUCUAACAGUUCCCCUGCAUUAACUAUGUGACCUGUAAAACCUUACAUUGCUUAAUUGAAUUUUUUAAACAUUUUAAAAUAAUGUUAAACAUAAACGUUGAACAUUCAAAAUA